CGAUGGCAUCAGCCUAAUAAAUACUGUGUAUGAAGCGGCUCAAAGACUUUUUAAUUACACAGAAUCAAUAUGCCUCCACAACGCGAGCCAAUUAGUGUGCGUACAACGCGACUCAAUAAUCUUAUACUGGGUAAAGGAGUUGGCGCCGUACAGAAACCCUCUUCAAGCGCUUCAAGGCGCAGCAUUGUGCCUGUAACCACUGUAAGUGCAGCUGUCGCAGAAGCCAUCUGUCGGGAGGGAUUGCUGGACGCAUUCUGUCUGUUGUACAAUGAGUGCGACAAGGAGACGCUGAAAAAGCGCGACCGUAAUAUAGCGGACUUUGUAAAUAAAUUUCGUCCUAUUAUUGAGGAAACCCGUCAGCUGCGGGUAAAUGCCGAUGAUUUUGUCAUCAAGGCCCUCAUCGGAAAGGGCUUUUUUGGCAAUGUCCACUUGGUGCUCGAACGUCAAACGUCCGAUGUUUAUGCCAUGAAAAAGAUUAAGAAGUCGAUGGUGACCACAUCGCAGGUGGAGCGCGAUAUAAUGUCCCAAAGGAACUCUGAGUGGAUAACCAAUUUACAGUACGCCUUUCAGGACAAUGACCACUUGUACUUGAUCAUGGAAUAUCUACCUGGAGGCGAUCUUCUGAGCUUAAUGUCGCGUCACGGACCUUUUGACGAAGACCUAGCGCGUUUCUAUUUAGCCGAGCUAACGUUGGCUUUGCACACGCUGCACCUUAUGGGCUACGUUCAUCGCGACAUUAAGCCGGAAAACAUUCUGAUCGAUCGCUUCGGUCACAUUAAAUUGGCAGACUUUGGAAAUGCUGCUGCAUUGGAUCGUGACGGUCAUGUCUUGAGUCUCUCGCCAGUUGGUACGCCGGACUAUAUUGCGCCGGAGCUGUUGCAAACCAUAUCAACCUAUAAGCUGUCAAAGUCGAUGCAUGACGUUAGCUGCGAUUACUGGUCCAUGGGAAUUAUUGGCUAUGAGCUUAUAUGUGAGAUUACGCCGUUCCAUGAGGACAACGUGCAUGAGACGUACUCAAAAAUUCUUUCCCACUGCGAUGAUAGCCUUCUGAAAAAGUUAAUUAGCUUUCCGAGUGAUCUGAAAAUUUCUAGCAAUAUGAAACAUCUCAUCGGAUCGUUGGUAACGAACCCAACGAAUCGGCUUUCCUACGAUCAAAUUAUUAAACAUCCGUUUUUCGAGAGCAUCCAGUGGAGCACAGUUCGUUCGCAGAUGCCUCCCAUUAUACCCACUAUAAAGUCGGAUGAUGAUAUCUCAAACUUUGAAGACGGAAUACGGCACAAAGCCCGCCGAGAACAGCAAGCCAAAAAGUCAUUGACCUCGAACAUGAAGUCGAACGAUUUUAGUGGCAAGGACUUGCCCUUUAUUGGAUACAGUUUCGUUCACAUGGAAAAUGAUUGCAGUAUAUCCGAUGUGUCGGACACAGCACGCACGGCUAAGCUGCAGGAAAAGCUGCGGAGUCUGCAGCAAAAGCUGAAGUCGCGUGAAACUGAAAUUGUAAUGCUGAAGCAGGAUCUGGUAAGGGCCCAGCAAACUCUUAAACAGACAGAUGGUAAAUCGCAAGUGGUGAUUGAGGCCAAAGUGGAAAUUAAGAAGCUACAGGACAUUAUUAAGGAGAAGACAAUGGAGCUGGCCAGCUGCAAGACCCAAAUUAAAACUUUGCAGAGCUCAGCAAAAAUUGAUGAAGAAAUGUGGUCAAAAAAAGAAGCCACAAUCACAGACUUGUUGCGCCUGAAUCGACAAAAGUAUGAAGAGGCAAAAAUCGCAUCCGAGCAGAGAUACGAGAAACAACUGGCGGAGAAAAAGCAAGAACUGGCCUGCACAGUACAAAAGUUGGAUGCGCGUGAGCUGGAGUUUAAUGCAAAAGUUGAUGAAUGUAAGCAUCUGGGCGACAAGCUGGAGAACUAUAAGGAAAUGCUGAAGCAACUAAAGGAACAAAGUGUCAAGGCCGAGUCCAACCAUGAGAAACAAAGGACUCAGCUAACAGAAAACUACGAGCAAAAGCUGUCGGAGCUGCGCCAAAAGCUACGCGAGUCACAGGAUACUCACCGCCGCAUGACUUUCGAGCUGCAGAGCAUACGCAGUGAACUGGACGAGUCGAUAAGUUCAGGCAAAUCAAGCCAAGAGGCUAAACAUGCCACGGAGCGUAGCAUCGAAGACAUACUACAGCGCCUUAACUGCGAGAUAAGCGCAAACAACGAGCUGCGUGCGGCUAAAGCUUCCCUAGAGACUCAGCUGAAUCUUGCGAAAAAGGAAUGCCUGGAAGCACAAGCAGAGUGCCAGCGUUUGGACCGCGAGCUGCAGCUCGCUGAGUGUCGUUGCAACAUAGCCGAAUCAUCUCUCGCAUCUCAUGCCUCACCGUAUGAAACGGCACCUGGUUCGCUGACUGAGCUGAAUGCUAUAGAGGAUCAACUGCGUGCUGACCUAGUGGCCGCCAAGGAUGCCGAAUCUGUACAAAAGAGUCGUGCUGAUCAACUGCAGGAAUUGGUUACAAAGCUAGAGAGGAUGCUCGAACGGUUCAAUGAGCAAAGCCUGUCGCCAAUGAAAGGAAAUCCGGGCGCAGCGAACAGCGCCGUUGGCGACAUGCUGGAGCGUCAAAAUGAGAAACUGGAGGAUAAAUUAGCCGCGGUGCGAGAGCAGAUGAUUGUGGAGCGGCAGGCAGCACGUACGGCAAACUUAUCGCUCUGGAAAGUGGAAAAGCAAUUGGAGGAGGCGCUCUCGGAAAAGAAGAUGCUGGCGCGGCGCAUGGAAUUGACAGAGGAGCGUGUCAAGAAAGCGCAGAAUGAACGCGAAGAGGCUCAACGUGCGCUGAAAUCUGCGCAGGAUGAGUUUCGUCAGCGUGAUGCACGACUUGAUGAACUCAAGGCCGAAUUAGCAGCCAGCAAACGCGAUGUCUUAAAGGAACACCGUAUGUGGGAGAAAGCCGAGGAGGAGCGCAUGAAGUGCAAGUCUGAAGUUAUUGAGCACCUGGCAAACGUUCAUAGGCUGGAGCAGCAGGUCAGAGAGGUGCGCCAGAAGCUUCAUCAAUCUCAGCUACGUUGUGAUGGCCUAGGACUAGAACAGAAGAGGCUGCAGCGUGAGCUGCAAGAGGAGCGGGAUCGCAAUGCUGCAGCUGGAGAAGGCACUCAGGCAUUGCAGGGAGAACUAAAGCAGCUAAGUGACAAUUUCCAGCGCCUAAAAUACGCGUGCAGCAUAACCGAUAAUCAGCUAACAGAAGUGGAGUCCAUGCUGGAGGCAGAGCAGCAGCGAAACAAAACACAGCAAUCCCAGCUGGAUGCAUGCCAUGUGAAACUUCGCGAGCGUAAUGAUCAGGUAACCGAGCUGCGUAAAGAAUUGAAUGUGCAGGAGUCCGGCAAGCGUCAGGCCGAGCAACAUGCCAAAAUUCUUACAGUCGAAUUGGAAGAGCUAAAGGAGAAUCUUAAGCAGUUGCAGAUGAAACUUAUCACACAGCAGACUCAGCUGGUCGAACAGACGAACGCGCUGUUUGGCGCCCAAGAGCGCGCGGAUCAGUUGGAUGUGCAGAGCGCCAGUUGCCAGGCGCAGAACGCAGACUACGAGCGAGAGCUGCUCAGUCUCAAGGAGGAAAAUGCUCGCAUACUGAGUGAGCUGUUCCACAGUAAGGAGGAGGUGCUACAUUUGCAUGCCGAGGUAAAGAACCUGCAAACCGUUCAGACUGGACUCCACACUGAGAUCGAUGAGCUGCAGAAUGCACUCACGGAAAAAGAGCAGUUCUACGUGCAGCGGGAUAUCAAAGCUAUGGCAACGCUGGCUCAGCACAAGAAACUUAUCGACUAUUUACAGCUUAAAGUCGAGGAUUUGUCAGCCAAGAAGAAGAAAACUCUAGCCGACAAAAUCUUUGGAUCCAACAGCAAUACCAAGGAGAACAUAUCGCCCAACGAUGUGGAAUCAUCUAUACUAUAUCGUGCUCUGAAAGAAGAACUGCGCCGAGAACAAAAGCUAUCCAAGAUGCUGCAGGAACAAUUGGAUCAGUUGAACGGAACUGCAACUCUGCGUUCGCCACGGAAGUCCUGCGCUGUUAAUGGCGACACAGACGAACCCAAGCUGCGACCCGCUAGCAUCGCCGCAGUACCCCGAUCUCCACGUAAGCCGCCGACCACAGUGAAGCGCUCGGCUAGCCAAGCGGAUGCUAAAAACCAAUUGAAAUCGCCGCAAAAGCAGACCGCAGACGAUGUGUCACAUCAUCGAUUUGAAUUGGCCUUGCAGGAAUCGAAAGUGGACGCAGCCACGUGCGUCAGUUGUGAGCAGCCCAUUGUAGCUGGAUCGCCCUACUGGCGCUGCAAGGAAUGCAAAGAUGUGGUGCAUCGCAAAUGCCGGGCCAAUGUAACUGGCAGCUGUGGUAGCAAAGCUGAAUCGACCUGCGAUGAGGUUAGCGAGGGGCGGCCAGAGUCAAGUCGCAGCAGCCUGGAAACAGUAGACAGCGAGCAUGACCACACGGGAGAGUAUAUAGGCACACUAGCUUACAAAGGCGUACCGGACUCUGUUGAUGGCGAACUCAUUGAAAUUAAUUGUGCAUUCGAGGUGGUCGAGCAGAAAAUAUUGCUGUUUGGCUGCAACAGCGGCCUGUUUGCCUACAAUGUGGACACACAACGCCUGUUGCAUAUUGCUGGCAUCGAUUCGGUUAGCUCUGUGUCCAUAUCAACGCGCUUGGCCAAGGCCAUGAUGGUGGGCGCAAACGGCGAGAAGCUAUAUCAAUGCGACUAUCGGCAGCUGGAGUCGCGCUGCCAAAGCGCAAUUCCCUGUCAAAAGCCUGUACUAGAAACGUCGGUAAUUGAGCUGCCGUUGGCCAAUCGAUCGAACAGCGAAAAGUGGAAACUUGUGCAGAUAUCAAACGAAUCUGAAAAUGCCCUCGACUCGGUCGCCAUUGCAGCCACCUCGACUCGCAUUGUCAUUCUCAAGUACGAUCUAAAACUGCAUAAAUUUAAGCCAGUGCGCGCAUUGGACACGGCCACGGCCGUAACAUCGAUUUUCUACACACGCCAUUCGGCAAUCGUCAGCUCGGACAAGUUCUACGAAAUCGAUCUGGAUAACUAUGCGGCCGAGGAGUUUGUCGAUCUAGCGGAUAAGACGCUGCAGCAUACGGCCAACUGUCAGCCCUUUGUAGCCGUGCGCAUCUCGCGUCAGGAGUUUCUGCUUUGCUUUGCCGAGUGUGGAGUGUUUGUCGAUGAGUUUGGCUGUCGUUCGCGUCCCUACGAUUUAAAUUGGGUCUACGCGCCAACGGGCUUCAUAUACCGUGAACCAUUCCUCUACGUGUCGCACUACCAGUACGUGCAGAUAAUGCGACUGCAUCGCUCCUACAGCAAGGAGGUAGCCAGCGGCGCUAACUCGGAAAACAACGAUGGCUCAGAAAUACAGCGCCUUUAUUUGCCCCAUUAUAUGCCCACGCUGCUGAGCUCCAGCGGCGAACGAAACAUUUAUACGUUGUCCAUAGAGAAGCAAGCGGGCUUUCAGCAAAUAUAUCACCUGGAUGCAUUGCGAGCAUUCAAGCAUAAGUUAAACGUAUCCAUGGAGACAAUGUCAUCGGUGGCAACGUCCGUAACGAUCGGUUCGACAAUGACAACGGAUAGUGUAUAAGGUUUACUUA